AUGGACUUUGAGCCUCUGAAUAUUGAGAACGAAGCGGUGGAGUUUGACAUGGGUGGUUCGGGCGAAGAUGACGCCACUGCCCUUGACUUAGAACACCCAGAUGAUAGCUAUGAUAUUUUCGAUGAUGAUUUAGUCCAAUCCUCUAAUUCUACUAGGUCUCGUGAUGAUCUGGCUAGUGGAGACCCCAAUCUUGAACCCUAUGAGGGCAUGGAAUUCGAUUCCGAACAGGCCUCACGCAUUUUCUAUAAUUCAUAUGCACGUCGAAUUGGUUUCAGCACCCGGGUCAGCGUGUACCAGCGGUCUCGUCGAGAUGGCUCCAUUAUAUGCCGCCAAGUAGUGUGUUCCCGGGAAGGGUUUCGCCGUGACGGAGGUGAAAAUAGGUCCAAGCGGCAGCGUACAGUCACUAGAGUCGGUUGUAAAGCACAGAUGACUGUGAAGAAACAGAGUUCAGGAAGAUGGGCUGUUUCGAAACUAGUUAAGGAACAUAAUCAUGAGCUUGUGCCUCCAGAUAAGGUGCAUUGUCUCCGUUCACAUAGGCAUGUCUCUGGGCCUGCUCGAAGCCUGAUUGAUACCCUUCAAGCGGCUGGUAUGGGUCCUAGUGGUGUGAUGUCUGUGCUGAUCAAAGAAUCAGGUGGAAUUAAUAAUGUUGGUUUCACAAAAGUCGAUUGCCAGAAUUAUAUGAGUAGCAGCAGGCAGAGAACUCUCGGGAGUGGGGGUCAGUUUGUUUUUGACUAUUUGAAGCGAAUGCAGGCUGAAGAUCCUGGCUUCUUUUUUGCCGUCCAGGGUGAUUUUGAGAAUUUAACAGGAAACAUUUUCUGGGCUGAUUCAAAUUCAAGAAUGAAUUAUGACUACUUUGGAGACACUGUUACAUUUGACACAACAUAUAGGACAAACCGAUACCGGGUCCCAUUUGCCCCAUUUACUGGGUGGAAUCAUCACGGGCAACCUGUUUUAUUUGGAUGUUCAUUACUCCUUAAUGAGUCAGAGUCUUCAUUUGUUUGGCUAUUUCAGACUUGGCUAGCUGCAAUGUCUACCCGCCAUCCUGUCUCAAUCACAACAGACCAGGAUAGAAUCAUUCGGGCAGCUGUCGGGCAAGUAUUCCCUGGAACUCGCCACCGAUUUUGUAAAUGGAAUGUGUUGCGGGAAGCUCAGGAGAAAUUGUCCGACAUAUAUCACUCACACCCCACAUUUGAAGCCGAGUUUCAGAGGUGCAUCAAUAUGACAGAGACAAUUGAUGAAUUUGAGUCAUGUUGGGAGUCCCUUCUUCAAAGGUAUGAUAUUGGGGAUAAUGAGUGGCUUCAGUCCAUGUAUGAUGCUCGCCAGCAAUGGGUGCCAGUUUUCCUUCGGGAUACAUUUUUUGGGGAGAUGUCUGUAACCCAAGGAAGUGAUAAUAUAAACUCAUACUUUGAUGGCUAUAUAAAUGCAUCAACUAAUAUUCAGGUGCUAAUAAAGCAGUAUGAAAAAGCUAUUGCCACUCGCCAUGAAAAGGAAGUAAAGGCAGAUUAUGAUACAAUGAACAUCUCUCCAAUUCUAAGGACUCCAUCUCCAAUGGAAAAACAAGCUGCAAAACUUUAUACAAGGGUAGUUUUCAUGAAAUUCCAAGAGGAAUUAGUCGAGACACUUGCUUAUCCUGCAACUAUGGUUGAUGAUACAGGAUCAGAAACUGUGUAUCGGGUAGCAAAAUUCGGGGAAGAUCACAAAGUGUACUUUGUUAGGUUCAAUGUUUUUGAGAAGAAAUCUAGUUGUAGCUGCCAAAUGUUUGAGUUUUCAGGUAUUAUAUGUAGGCACAUAUUAGCUGUUUUCAGAGUAACUAAUGUUCUUACACUUCCAAAUCACUAUAUAUUGAAACGUUGGACCAAAAAUGCCAAAAGUGGAGUUGUAUGGGAUGAGCACACUCUUGGGUUGCCAAAUGAUUCUCAAGACUCCUCUGCUGUUCGGUAUGACAAUCUACGCAGGGAAGCUAUCAAAUAUGUAGAAGAAGGAGCAGAAUCUGUGCGUGUUUAUAAUGUGGCAAUGGACGCUCUUCAUGAGGCUGCUAGCGAGGUUACUGCUGCAAAGAAGCAUGGUCUUGGGGUUUUACAGAGUACUUCAAUUAAUUGCAGCCAGCAGCUUCAGUCUUGUACUGUGGAUCAGGAUAAGAAAAUUAAGGAAUUGGCAGCUGAGUUGGACAUUGCAAGUCAGCAGUGUGAAGCAUAUCGAGCCAAGCUACUUGCCAUUUUGAAGGAUAUGGAAGAACAGAAGUUAAAGAUAUCAGUGAACAUUCGGAAUGUAAGGCUAAAUCUAAGAAGUUAG